AUGUCCCUCGGAAGCCUGCCGCUGCUGAAGCUCCCACUCCCGCACAAAACCAUAAGCGUUUCUCUUGCAUUCUUCUUCACUACAACCAUUACUCCUCAUCCUCAUCCUCAACAACAACAUCAACAACCAAAACGACAAUCGAAUCACGGACCAGACAACUCUUUUUCUGCUCUAGAACAAGUGAGUGUGGACGACAAGUCGUACUGGACCAAAACCAUUCACAAUCUCUGCACCCGACACCGCAACGUCGACGAGGCUCUCUGCCUACUCGACCGUCUCAGCCUCCGCGGUUACCGUCCCGACUCGCUUAACCUCAGCAGUAUAGUCCACGCGCUCUGCGACUCCAAUCGAUUCGACGAAGCCCAUCACCGGUUGAUCCUGUCCGUUGAUUCCAAUUGUGUCCCUGACGAGCGCACUUGCAAUGUUCUUAUCGCUCGUUUGCUCGGCUCGAAAUGCCCAGAUGCCACUUUGCGUGUUAUUCGCAAGUUGAUUGAGUUUAAGCCUGAGUUUGUGCCGUCUUUGGUUAAUUACAACCGUUUGAUCGAUCAGCUCUGCUCGUUUUCGAGGGUCGCCGAGGCUCAUCGGUUGUUUUUUGAUUUGCAGGAUAGAGGGCAUUGUCCGAAUGCCGUGACUUUCACGACUCUGAUAAAUGGUUACUGUAAAGUUGGUGAAUUGGACUGUGCACAUAAGAUGUUCGAAGAAAUGUCUGAGAGAGGUGUGCCUCCGAAUUCCCUCACGUUCAGUGUUUUGAUUCGCUGUGUUUUGAGGAUGAGAGAUGUUGAGCGAGGGCGGGGAUUGAUGUGCCAGCUUUGGGAGAGAAUGAAGUGUGAGGACGACUCGUCUGUGAAGAAUGCGGCUUUCUCAAAUCUUGUUGAAUCCUUGUGUCGGGAAGGGUUUUUCAAUGAGGUGUUCUCGAUUGCAGAGGAUAUGCCUCAAGGAAACAGUCUCAACGAAGAGUUUGCCUAUGCACAGAUGAUAGAUUCUCUUUGUAAAGCUGGAAGACAUCAUGGAGCUUCGAGAAUAGUUUACAUAAUGAGGAAAAGAGGGUUGAUUCCGUGCUUAGUGUCAUAUAAUUCGAUAGUGCAUGGACUAUGCAAUGAGGGAGGCUGCAUGAGGGCUUAUCAGUUGUUAGAAGAAGGAAUUGAAUUUGGCUAUAGCCCGUCGGACUACACUUACAAGGUUCUAGUUGAAUGCCUCUCCUUAAAAUCAGACCUUCUAAAGGCAAAGGAAGUCCUUGAAGUCAUGCUCAAAAAGAAAGGAGUCGACAAAACUAGAAUAUACAACAUAUAUUUGAGAGCCCUUUGUCUGAUGAAUAAUGCGACUGAGCUUUUGAAUGUAAUUGUUUUUAUGCUCCAAAGUCAGUGUCAACCAGAUGUGAUCACGCUCAACACGGUUAUUAAAGGAUUUUGCAAGAUGGGGAGAGUGGAAGAAGCUUUAAAAGUACUAAAUGAUAUGAUGGUUGGCAAAUUUUCUGCCCCCGAUGUCAUGACCUACACUACUAUCAUUUUUGGUCUACUCAACGUUGGAAGAAUCCAAGAUGCUAUGGAUUUGUUGCAUUGUGGGAUGCUUGACAAUGGUGUGAACCCUGGCGUGGUGACAUAUAACGCAGUCCUUCGCGGUUUAUUCAAACUUCGGCGAGCAAAUGAAGCAAUGGAGAUUUAUAACACCAUGGUAGGUAGAGGUAUAGUGGCUGACAGUACCACUUACACCAUAAUAAUCGAUGGGUUGUGCAAGUCCAAUCAAAUAGAGGAAGCGAAAAGGUUUUGGGAUGAUAUUAUUUGGCCCUCAAGAGUUCAUGAUAACUUUGUUUAUGCGGCUAUUCUAAAAGGGCUUUGCCGCUUGGGAAAUUUUGGCGAAGCUUGUCAUUUUCUAUAUGAACUUGUAGAUUCUGGGGUCUCUCCAAAUAUUUUCAGUUAUAACAUUCUAAUUGACAGUGCUUGCAAAUUAGGUUUGAAAGAUGAGGCUUAUCAAAUAGUAAGAGAGAUGAGAAGGAAUGGACUGAACCCAGAUGCUGUAACUUGGAGGAUUCUUGACAAGUUGCCACGCAAUUCGAGAAAACUAACUUUUGUCGACAAUUCAACAUUGCAACCAGGUAGCGGGUUGCCUAAGAUGGAAAUCCAAAUUGGAUUCUUCAACAAUGAAUAAGAGACGUUGUACAAUAUACUUGUCCAUGAAGAUGGAUGACAUAGACGCUUUUUUCUAGAGGACCUCAUCUUGUGCAAACAUGGAAAUUAGUGGAAGAGAAUGUAAAAUGAGAUGG